UUUAUAUACAUUAUUUGAAUAUAUCAUUGAUAAAAAUGUAUUUUCUUAAUAUUUUUUUAACGAAUCUCUCAUUCAAUCCAUGCAACUGUAAGUAAAUUAGAUAUUAUUAAAGUAGCAUUUCUCAAAUGUUCUCUUGUAAUUAUAAGUUCGUUUUUUUUUUGUUGGACUACAACUUUUUGCGAGAUGUGACAGGGGCAAAAUCUCACUGCAUACGUCAGUCAAGGGACUUUAAUUUUAAGAUGAAUAACAACUGUAACUAUUUAAAAUUCUGUUUGAUGUAUAUGUACAUGACAAAACUAGGGUUGGAAUGUAUUGUGCUACCAUCACCUAUACAUUGAGAUAUGAUAUGACAACAGACUUUAUAUCCAAUCAUUAUCAUAAUGCGUUAUUGUAAUCUUGCUGAAAAGUCUGGAUAUUAUAGUAUCCAUGUAUGCAAUUCAAAAUUUAAAUAUUGAUAUUAGGUUUGUAUUGAACAUAACAUUUCACGAUUAGUUUUCAAAGCUAACUAUACUUUAACUGCCUUUAUCUAGGUCAUUGUUGUCUGAAUUAUAGCAGUAUUUAAACUGCAGCUCGAAAAUUACAAUUCAAAAGGCAAAUAUGUUACAAAGGUGACGCCCUGAAAUGAAGCAUCAAUUCAAGUAUAACCCGUAUGCACGGAACAUAACACUGAGCGAUGUCUCGAUAACAAAAUGUGACACUUAGGAAACUCAUCAAAUGAUACAAUCUCGAUGUCCUAGCGGAUGUGACUCGUUCGUUUGAUAUAAAAGAAAAAAAAAAUUGAAAAAAAAAAAUGUUUGUGUUGUUAUGACGGUUGCUAAGACCGUGACAAGAAUUGUGACACUUUUCCGCUGAAACGGCUGAUCUCUCUUCGACGUUCCUCCCUGGUAAAAGCAUGAAAAAUACAUUGUUUUAUCAUUUGAUGAUUUAACAGAUAGCAUAAGAAAAUGAUCAUAAUGAAACUAGAAGGAAAUGGCCAUGGCAGGUUGUGUUUCAUGGUGAGAUCGUGGAUCGUCCUCGUAAUAACAAGUGUAUCCUUGGAAGAAACAAAAUAUCUUACCCCGAGCCCAUAUGACGUGAUAUUCAUAACAGGCUUUCAAAAGAUAUACAGUAGGGUGUACGAUAUGGUAGGAGAAAAUAAUGUCUUUGAUACUUUUAAUAAAUUACAUAAAUUCUAUCUCUGUAAUGAAUGCAACUAUGACACUAAAUGUUGAAAUGUGAGUAUAUAUAGCGUAGCGCAUUCGUGAACCGUCGACAGUUUCCUUAAGGGAGAAAACAAAUUUAACUGAUAAUUUGAUUUUGAUUGAUAAUGAUACUGUAGUUUUUUUCCAUUUACAAUAUCAACGGGUUGUCGCGGUUGACUGAAACAUACACCUCUGUAUAAUGUUUACACAGGUGAAUUAAUCGCAACAUAGGUCUUUCUGAUAUACAAUCUAGUUUCACACGUGUUUGUAAUAUUAUCGAAUUUUAGAUGACAAUACCUAGUAUAGCUUUCUUUGCCAAAUCUCUUUACUAAAUGGUCCACCAUAACGGACUUUAGAGGGUACUAAACACUAUUUUUAUCUCGUUUGUACGAAUUUCAGUCCUUUUCUCAUGACCUACUUACAUUGACAUGCCCUAAAAUGACACGGAUUAGCUAUUGUAUGGAGCGCAACCGACCAUGACAACAAUCCAAUUUUAUUGUAAAAUUGCAUCACGUGGUUUUAUUCAUCGCGAAAGCCUCAGGCAUUUUCUCCAUCUUUACAGGUUGGUAAUGUUUGCGACCUGUCACACUCGCCACAGCAGAACACAGUAGCUUAUCAUUCUCAUGCUAUUUAAGAUAUGGAGUUCCUCAUAGCAUUUGGACUGUUUUUACAAGGAUGUUAUAGUCUGAAAAUGGUGGAUCUUAGUUACGAACUUGACUCCGGUACAAUAACUUGGCCUUCCAAUCCCCGAUUCAAUAUGUCAAUCAUGCAUCGCGGAUUUUGGACCACCCAUUUAUGGUUGGAGAACAACCGAAUCGAUUUAGCGGAACAUACAGGAACACACAUAGACGCCCCUAACCAUCUUGCAAACGAAGCUGGGAACUGGAAUAAUCAUCAAAUCCCUAUCGAACGCCUUGGUGGCCCAGGAGUGAUUAUCAACGUGAAAUCCAAGGCCGAGGCAAACAGUGAUUAUCGAGUCACUGUUGAUGAUCUGAAGGCAUGGGAGGCACGUAACGGGAGAAUACCUUACGGAGCUGUUGUCCUUAUGAACUCUGGUUGGCAGAAAUACUAUCCUGAUUAUAAUGCAGUUUUCAAAACAAACAAUAUCUCUGAUUCAAACACCUACCAUUUUCCAAGCUGGCACGAGGAUGCAGUUGAUUGGCUGAUAUCAAAUCGCGUGGUGUAUUGCGUAGGUGUUGACACGCCCUCGACUGAUUAUGGCCAAUCACAAACCUUCCCUGUUCAUGUACUUCUUAGCAAGGAAAACAUCAUCGGUAUCGAGAGCGCAGCCUACCUUGACAAAUUGCCAGAGAGCGGGUCGACAAUUUUCGUUCCAGUGUUGAAAAUCAGAAAUGGAAGCGGAGGUCCUGCCCGGAUGUUUGCGCUUUUGCCUGAUAUGGAUGUCGCCGAAGCUAACAAGGCUGUGAUUAAUGUCCUGUCACCGAUGCUCCAGCUUGCCUUAUUGCUUUUGCUCGGAGUACUUCAUUUCUGAAAAAACAGAGUAUAGUUAGUAUACACCGUAUCUGGAAUGUAAUGAGUUGGGAUAUAUUUCCUAAACAAAAGGAUGCUUAAUAAUAACAAAAGGACUCUUAGAAGGAACUGCAACCUAGAGAUUACGGCUGGGGAGCUUUAAAUGAAUGACAAAGAUUAUAAUAUCUCUGUCAAGAUAUAUUAUUAUGUAUAGACAUUUUACGCUGUGGUUUGACUGCAUAUACUCUGUGAGUUAAGCUAACCUUUUUUCAUAAUGAUUUCCUAAAUUAUAAAAAAAAAAAAAAAAUAAAAAAUUGUACGUAAAGAAAAUUUCUUACGGUUUUUACCGAACGUGUCAAAAGGGACUUUAAUACAUAUUCUGUGAAAUCACAAAACGAAGAAUACACUUUAUAUUAUUAUUUUUCCCCUCAAAAUAUCAAUAUUUUCUAAAUUCAAUCCUUUAAUAUUUCAGAUUUUACAGCGUUUCGUAUGCCUAUCCACCAGGAAUAUGCCAUUUAAAAUAUCGUUAAUUUAGGUUUUAAUUUUGAACGAUGUAUGUAGAUACUUUAUACACAUGCAUUAAUGUUAAUCUUGUUACAACAGUUUCAGAAAUCGUUUGUUUACACAUAGUGCAGAAAAUAUGCAUUCCUUUGAUAAAGAGGGCGUUAAUGCUAUCAACAGCACAGAAAAGUACUUAUUUACGUCGUGAAAUGUUUUAAGCCAACAUUCUUCAAAUAAAAAUGAAAAUUUCCUUACGAAAUCACUGCACAUCCUUCUACAAGAAACAUCGUAUCUCCUCCACACGCCAACACAAAGGGGCGAUAAGUGUGUAGCAAAAUAAUCACUGUCCAGUAGUUUGAAUUUAUUGUCAUGUAUAAAUAUACCACAUAAGUUCCAUAACAGUGUCAAAUAUACGAAAGGAAUUAAUUUGAGCGAAGUGAAAUUGCAGUAAUCUUCAGUAUUUUUCUUAUACGGGUUGUGAUUUUGAUUAAUUUUAUGUUGUAAUAAUGCACUGUAUGGAUUGAAGCUUAAAUAUUAAGGUAUGUUACGUCCUAUAAAGAAACAAAAACAUAUUAUGACAUUAGAUUGUUUUUCACUUUCAUUCAUGGUUUUACUUAAGGUUUCAACUGGAAAGGAAUAUAUUGUGGUGACAUUAUGAAACGAAAAAAACGCUUUCUAUUAUUUCAUUUUGUUUUCCAAAAUAUCAACAUUUUUGCGAUCUAAUUCUUAUCAGGAAAAGGAACUUGAAUAUACCAACUUUUUAAAUGUUCACAAGCUAUGUGUUUUUUGUUUUGUAUAAUGAUUUAUUUUUAGUCAGAUCCAUAUUUACUAUUAUGUUUUAAUCACGAGGAUAUUUUUUCUAUCAUAAGCCAUUUACGUUAAACGUUUAGCUUAGCAUUACUUGUUGGAUGACAGAAUGCAGACUACAGUUGGUAGUGAAACUUUCUUCAGGGGAAAUAACUCCGUUCCAACAAAACUGUAUAUUUUUCAAGAUGAUGAGUUAUAACCAUGGAAUAUUAAAGUUAUGAUAAUUGUAA